UGAUGGUAAGACAUAGAUUAAGGAACUAAUUGUUUUACUUUUCUUUUUUUUUUUUUUUUUUAUCUUUUUUACCAUUAGACUCUGGACGGAGCACCAAAUGCAAGUCAACCUGUGUUACAAGUACUUUUGAAGAUCUUUUUUUUUUUUCUUCCUACCUGGUUGGUUAUUCUCUUCUAUGAUGUUGGUGUCUUCAAGAUCAUUUCUCUACUGGUAUGGUGUGUCUCUCACUCUCUUGUUGUUAUCUCUCGAGUUUGUGUGGUCUUUUCUUCUCUUUUUUACUUGGUUGGUCACUCUCUCUCUUUUUCCCUUUCUCUCGUCUGUCUCUCAUUGUCAUGGUGUUUCCUUCGAAAUCUCUUUCUUGCAUGGUUGGUUCUUGUCUUUUUUUUUUUUUGUCCCUCCCACUUGGUAUGAUGUCUUCCACUUAUUGUUUUCUCCCAUGGCCUUGGACUAUUAUCCCUUCGUCUUGUGGUACUCUCCAUUCCUUUCAACAAAACUCAAUAGCUUCGGUUUCACCUAUACUACUUAUAAAGUGUCCUUGGUUCUUCCUUUAGUUUGACUUUUAUGAUUGAUACAUCAACACUGGUGAAUCCUGUAAUUAAGAUAUCACAAUUGUCGUCUAUACAAUCAAGAUGAUGCAAAAUAUCCACUGGUUAUUGACAAGGUAGUACGUAUAAAAAAAAAAGAGUACCA